AUGCCUUUCCUGUUAAAGUUUAUAUCCACUAUACGGCACGAGUCUCUUUUGGAAUCUAUGGAUGAUGUCGAGAAACUUGACGUUAUAAGAAUAGGUCCUCCUUUUGAAAAUAUAGGGAAUCAAAUGAAAAAAUACUACCAACAUGUUGUCGCCAUAAACAGUAGUAAUACGACAGAUUUCACCGGUGUAAAAAAGGGGGUUAGUCCAGGAGACAUGAUUGAUUUUGUUGGACCCAAUUAUAUUGUAGCAGAUGACAUUAAGGCAUCCAUAUUAGCUCAUAUGACAUUGGCUUCACCACCGGCAUUAUCAGUAAAUACGGCUAGUACUGAUCCAGCAGAAGAGACUGAUUACGCACAACAGCACCAUGGUUAUGAUAUGCAUGUCUUAUAUCUACAUCAAUCUACCAGACGAAAUUUUGGUACGACUAGGAUGUUACUUGAGCUUCAGAACAAGGAAUCGAGGUUUCAUUUACUACGAAUAGACAAGAAUACAAUUGAUAUUCAACAAGAAAUUAUUGACAGAUUGGAAGCAUGGCUUGAACUCCAUAUGCAAUAUCGAGUUUUAUGGGUAAUUUGCGAUAAUUUUAGCAGCAAAACCAGCACCAAUGUUAGCAGUAGCAGCCUUUCGCUUACUCAGCAAUUCAGUAUCAUCGACAGAAGCAACAGCAAUCCCAAAAGUGAUUCAUUUUACUUCGAAGAAUUGAAACGUCUUCAAAAGAAGUGGGGCUUCGUAGUAGUAUUGAAUUCAGCACAUAGUCAACAAGAGAUUAACAUUGAUUUUAGGUUUCAAUUUCUGUCAGAGCGGGAAUUACAGAUGAUAUGGCCAGUGCAUAUGGAUAAAUUCAAGUUGAUCGCUGACGAAAAUGGAAUUAGUGUAGAGUAG